AAAGGAAGGUCACCAUCGCUAUCUUCAAGAUGCUAUAAGUACCAAAUAACUCUGGGGUUUUAGACAACCAGUUCUCGCAGCUCCUUACUCUCACUCACUACCAAGCUUCCGCAGGCCCGACCGGACCACCCAUCAUGACCACCAAGUCCCUCAUCUUCGGCCUUGCCGCUUUGUCCGCGGUCUCCGCCUCACCUGUACCUCAAUGGGAGGAGACCAACACCCCCCAGAUCGUUGGAGGCACUGUUGCCAAAGCUGGAGAUUACCCAUUUAUGGUCAGCAUGCAAAUCGACGGUUUCCACUUCUGCGGCGGUAGUUUACUGGACUCGACCACUGUCUUGACCGCAGCUCACUGCGUCGAAUACCAGUCUCCCGAAGAGACAACAGUCCGCGCUGGUUCUCUUAACCGUACCUCGGGCGGUGUCGUAGUCCCAGCUCUUUCGCUCCACAUGCAUCCCGAGUACAACCCUAGCAUCACGGACAACGAUUAUGCUAUCAUCAAGCUUGCAGCACCCAUCGAAACAAGCUCGACUAUCGGCUAUGCCACGAUUGCAGCUGCAGGAACCGACCCUGAAGCUGGUAUCGUUGCCACCACCGCUGGAUGGGGUAACACUCGCAAUGCAACGGAGUCAAAUGUUCUUCUGCGCAAGGUCGAGGUUCCGAUUGUGAGCCGCGAGGAGUGCAUCGCCAACUACCUGGCAGACACACCGCCCAAGACCGUGACCGAUAACAUGGUCUGCGCCGCGGUCAUUGGCGGCGGUAAGGACUCGUGCCAGGGUGACAGUGGCGGCCCGCUCACUGACGCCAGCACGGGUGCAGUGAUUGGUAUUGUUAGCUGGGGUACUGGGUGUGCGUUGCCGAACUUCCCAGGCGUGUAUGCUCGCGUGUCUACUGGGAGGGACUUCAUCGACCAGUACCUUUAGAUUGGUGAGGACCAUGGGCCUGCGCUGAGGGAGCGAGUAAUAGAUACUGUAUGAUGGACGAGAUCCAUAAGAAAUGACGACGUUACGUGGUACUAUUAUCUUUCGAGUUUAAUACAACUAAAUCUUUGCGGAGGAUGUUGUUUCCAUAAUAAUUUGUGAU